GGAGUGGUGACAACCAAGGGAAGCAGAGCUGGCAAGAUCGGUUUGACGGGGAGCAGUGCCGGGGCACUGGGGAUCCCACCCGAGGGGCUGCUCUCUCUGGGUAUAGAAAGAGACUAAAGGGGUCAUAGGCUGUUCCUAUGGAGUCAGCAUAGGGCCUGAGGUGGAACCGCCGGUGGGAGACCCUCAGCAAGAAGGCGCGGGGCCGGAGUGGGCCAGGGACCAGCCUGGAGCGCCACGGAUGGCAGCAGCGGGCUCCUUUAAGAGGCCGGCGGCUCCAGCGCAGCAUCCCCCGCCCAGGGCGUGUCCGUCCCGGGGGGCCAGGGGCGGGGGCCUGGGAAGGAGCGGGAGUUCAAGCUGCGAGAGGACAAGGCUAGGGGCCGGGGUUGGGGGCAGAAAGCUGGGGCUGACACCCUUGCGCCUGGACGCCGCGAGAGCAUCGCCUGUGACAGCGCCCCUGGUCCGGUCGAGGGCAGUAGGGGGAGGAGGGAAGGAGGAGGAGGAGGAGGCGGGAGCAGCAUCCGGAGCGGAGCUGCAGCAGCGCCGCCUUUUGUGCUGCGGCCGCGGAGCCCCUGAGGGCCUGCUGCCCAGCACCACACCAAGGCCGAGGCCAUGGCCUGCCUCCAUGAAACCCGCACACCCUCCCCUUCCUUUGGGGGUUUUGUGUCUACCCUAAGUGAGGCAUCCAUGCGUAAACUGGACCCAGACACUUCGGACUGCACUCCUGAGAAAGACCUGACACCCACCCAGUGUGUACUUCGGGAUGUAGUUCCUCUCGGUGGGCAGGGCGCGGGCGGGCCCAGCCCUUCUCCAGGUGGAGAGCCACCCCCUGAGCCUUUUGCCAACAGUGUUCUACAGCUACAUGAGCAGGAUACAGGGGGCUCAGGGGGAGCUACUGGGUCACCUGAAAGUCGGGCAUCUAGAGUUCGAGCUGAUGAGGUACGAUUGCAGUGCCAGAGUGGCAGUGGCUUCCUUGAAGGCCUCUUCGGCUGCCUGCGCCCAGUAUGGACCAUGAUUGGCAAAGCCUACUCCACAGAACACAAGCAGCAGCAGGAAGACCUUUGGGAGGUCCCCUUUGAGGAAAUCUUGGACCUGCAGUGGGUAGGCUCAGGGGCCCAGGGUGCUGUCUUCCUGGGGCGUUUCCACGGGGAGGAAGUGGCUGUGAAGAAGGUGCGAGACCUCAAGGAGACAGACAUCAAGCACCUGCGAAAGCUGAAGCACCCCAACAUCAUCACAUUCAAGGGCGUGUGUACCCAGGCACCCUGCUACUGCAUCCUCAUGGAGUUCUGCGCGCAGGGCCAGCUGUAUGAAGUACUGCGGGCUGGCCGCCCUGUCACCCCUUCCUUACUGGUUGACUGGUCCAUGGGCAUUGCCGGAGGCAUGAACUAUCUGCACCUGCACAAGAUUAUCCACCGAGACCUCAAGUCUCCUAACAUGCUAAUCACAUACGACGACGUGGUGAAGAUCUCAGAUUUUGGCACUUCCAAGGAGCUGAGUGACAAGAGCACGAAGAUGUCCUUUGCAGGGACAGUAGCCUGGAUGGCCCCUGAGGUGAUCCGCAACGAGCCCGUGUCUGAGAAGGUCGACAUCUGGUCUUUUGGUGUGGUGCUAUGGGAACUACUGACGGGCGAGAUCCCCUACAAAGAUGUAGACUCUUCAGCCAUCAUCUGGGGUGUAGGAAGCAAUAGUCUCCAUCUACCUGUGCCCUCCAGCUGCCCAGAUGGCUUCAAAAUCCUGCUUCGCCAAUGCUGGAACAGCAAGCCACGAAAUCGGCCAUCGUUCCGACAAAUCCUGCUACACCUGGACAUCGCCUCAGCUGAUGUACUCUCCACACCCCAGGAGACUUACUUUAAGUCCCAGGCAGAAUGGCGGGAAGAGGUAAAGCUGCACUUUGAAAAGAUUAAGUCAGAAGGAACGUGUCUACACCGACUAGAAGAGGAGCUGGUGAUGCGAAGGAGGGAGGAGCUCAGACAUGCCUUGGACAUUAGGGAACACUAUGAACGGAAGCUGGAGAGAGCCAACAACCUGUACAUGGAACUGAAUGCCCUUAUGUUGCAGCUAGAACUCAAGGAGCGGGAGCUACUCAGGCGGGAACAAGCUUUAGAGCGGAGGUGCCCAGGCCUGCUGAAGUCACACCCUUCCCGGAGCCUCCUCCAUGGGAACACUAUGGAAAAGCUCAUCAAGAAGAGAAAUGUGCCACAGAAGCUAUCACCCCAUAGCAAAAGGCCAGAUAUCCUCAAGACAGAGUCUUUGCUACCUAAACUAGAUGCAGCCCUAAGCGGAGUGGGGCUUCCUGGGUGUCCUAAGGGCCCCCCCUCACCAGGACGGAGUCGCCGUGGCAAGACUCGUCACCGCAAGGCCAGCGCCAAGGGCAGCUGUGGGGACCUGCCUGGGCUUCGUGCAGCUGUGCCACCCCACGAACCUGGAGGACCAGGAAGCCCAGGGGGCCUAGGGAUGGGACCCUCAGCUUGGGAGGCCUGCCCUCCAGCCCUCCGUGGGCUUCAUCAUGACCUUCUGCUCCGCAAGAUGUCUUCUUCAUCCCCAGACCUCCUGUCAGCAGCACUGGGAGCCAGGGGCCGUGGGGCCACAGGAGCUGGGGAUCCUGGCUCACCACCUCCAGCCCAGGGUGAUACCCCCCCAAGUGAGGGCUCAGCUCCUGCCUCCACAAGCCCAGAUUCACCUGGGGGAGCUAAAGGGGAACCACCUCCACCAGUAGGGCCUGGUGAAGGUGCAGGGCUACUGGGAACUGGAAGGGAAGGGACUUCGGGCCGGGGAGGAAGCCGGGCUGGGUCCCAGCACUUGACCCCAGCUGCGCUGCUGUACAGGGCUGCUGUCACGCGAAGUCAGAAACGUGGCAUUUCCUCAGAAGAGGAAGAAGGAGAGGUGGACAGUGAGGUGGAGCUGACAUCAAGCCAGCGGUGGCCUCAGGGCCUGAAUAUGCGCCAGUCACUAUCUACCUUCAGCUCAGAGAAUCCAUCAGAUGGGGAAGAAGGUACAGCUAGUGAGCCUUCCCCCAGUGGCACGCCUGAAGUGGGCAGUACCAACACUGAUGAGCGGCCAGACGAACGGUCUGAUGAUAUGUGCUCCCAGGGCUCAGAAAUCCCACUGGACCCACCUGCUUCAGAGGUGGUCCCUGAGCCUGAACCCAGCUCCCUGGCCAUCUCACACCACGACCUACUCAGAGGUGAGCAGGGCCCUCCUAAUUCUGAGGACUCAGACUGUGACAGCACUGAAUUGGACAACUCCAACAGCGUUGAUGCCUUGCGGCCCCCAGCCUCCCUCCCUCCAUGAAAGCCACUCAUUCCUUGUACAUAGAUAAAUAUUUAUAUAAAUAAUAUAUAUGCGCCACAUAAUCAAGAGAAAGAUGGGGCUGUCCCAGCUUUAAGUCAGACUUGAGGGAGACUGACCCCCUGACCAAUUCACCUGAUAAAACUCUAGGGACACUGGCAGCUGGAGAUUACUGCCCUAGAGCAGUGUUUAAGGGGAAACUGACACCCUCCUCCUGCCUCACCCAAUUCCUUAUGUUCAGCAACCAACGAGGCUGUAGAAAAGCCAGACUUGUCUAGGCUCUUUACACCCAAACAGUUGGACAGAAGGGAACAAGAGAGGGGAGAGGGAACUACUGAAGACUGCACUUUUGUUUUCCGUUUACUCUGUUUACACAUUUUGCACUUGGGAGGAGGGAGUCUAAGGCUGGGUCCUCCCCCCUGAGGUUUCUCAGGUGGCAAUGUAUCUCAUUUCUUUGUUCCUCCAUCUCUCUGCCCAAGCCCUGACUUAGGGCCCAGGGUGAGGUUAGGACACUGAUAGCAUGUAAUGGGGCUCAGGCUGAAGAAUUGGGGUGCUUUUUAAGUCCCUGCUUUUAUCCUGGUGCCGGAUUGGGGUGGGGACUCUCAUAUUGUAACCCCUGUGAAAAAUCCUCAAAUAUAACCACUCCAUGCAGGCCCAGCUGUUGAGGGUUUUCUUGGCGAAUAAAUGGGAUAUCACACAUGGUUAAUUUAAGUAGGAGCCUCGGAUUCAAGAAUUUAUGAGGACUUAGGACCAAUUACUUUCUGCCUUUUCUCAUGUAAAUAAAUUCUAUCAAAUUACAACUUCCUAAAGUUCUAAGCAUGAAUGGAACUGGCUACUUUUCUAAACGAUAAAGACAGAAGUGGAUCUGAAAUAUUCUUUUAAAGACCGUACAUGGACAGUUAUUAACACCAAGAAACUAAAGGUUUUAGUUUAAAAUACACAGGCUUGAACAAAGGGACAGACUUCCAUAUGUAUGCAAUGAACACCCCUCUCCCAAAGUGCCUGCCUAUUCUACAGAGCAAUCCUAUGCAAGUAAUUAUAAUGCUGUCUUUGGGCGUAAAUUUUACAAGGGCCAACCAGUACUAGCUUGUGGGAAAGAAAGAUUGAGGGUGAAGAAAAAAACAUGAAGUGCUGAAACAAGAAAAUCCAUAUUGGAAUAAAGGCUUCUAUUCAAAACCUCAUGAGGGUCCUAUGAGGGAUAAGAAGUACAAAAAUAAUAGCAAGACAACAGGAAUAAAACCCACAUGGAUCACUGUGGCAUCCAGUUUCUAUUCACAAAGAAAAAGCUCCAGUCCAUCUUUUAAUUU